AUGAUUUUGUUAGUUUCACUUAUAGCUAUGAUACAGAUGGCAUCUGCAACCUUGUUCCGCAUGGAUGCAGGGACAAGCGUAGAAAGCUCUCAGAAGCUCAAGGGACAAACUGUAGUGCUUAUGCAAACACGGCUGCUACACCGUUCAUCAUUUAGGCAUGAGUGGAAGGAGGCAGACGGCAUCAAUGCUGGUGUUAGACUUACCAUACACAAAAGCGACGGAGACUAUGAGGAGGCAGAUGCCGACCAAGGAAAUAUGGUUUUUAAGGACCUAAAGCACGGUGUGUCAAAUACGUUCUUUUACACAACUCCUGAGACUGGAUACUACACCAUGGUGUUUUCUCUUGAUCCAGGUAUUAAGGGAGAAUUUGCGCUUGAGUUGUUUAUUUUCGCAGGAAGGGCGUGGACGCCAUCUAUAGUGUCUGGGACAGACUAUCAGAUGGAAUGGCUGUCAAAGAAGAUGGGCGAUCUUUUAUACUUUGCAAAGAAUAACUUUGAUCUGCAGACUCUGGAUGAUCACGAUGAAAUGGAGUAUGUUGAUUUGUACAAUAACAUAUUCAAGCUAGUUAAUAGAGUUGUGUUAUUGAAGAUCUUUGCAAUAUCAAUCACACUGGCAUACAUCGAUAAGAAGUCAAGAGACUUUUAUGUGUCCAAGAGAAUAGUGAAGAAUUAA